AUGGGUUUCGGGGAAGACCUGCGGUGUCCACAGGCACACACGGCAGUCAUGCGGCUGCUGGACUCAGAGCUUCACCUGAUGGAGGUCAUGAGAAAGUGGAUGGGACAGCGAGCCAGGAGCGAGCGGGAGUUCUCCGUGCAGCUGCAUCAGAUGAGCGUGUUGGUGGAGAAGCUGGACCGACCGCAGCCCGGCACGGGACUGGAUCACAUCAGCCAGCUCAACAAGUCGUGGGUGGUGCUGGUCUCACAGACGGAGUCUCUCAGUCAGCUGAUGAAGAAGAGCUCUGAGGAUCUGCUGGACGGGCCCAUCAACAAGCUGACGCUGCUCAUCAGGGACAAACAGCAGCUCCGCAAAAACUACUCAGAUCAGUGGAGCCUGCUGAGACAGGAACUCAACAAGGUGAGCCUCACCGAGCUGGAGAGGCUGAAGAGCGGCUACAGGCAGGUGGUGAGAGACGCCGCUCAGGCAAAGAGGAAGUACCAGGAGAGCAGUAAAGAUAAAGAGCGAGGCAAGGCUAAAGAGCGUUAUGUGAAGGCUUCAGUCAAGCUCCACGAGCUCCACAAUGAGUACGUCCUGUCUGUGCGGGCAGCUCAGGUCUACCACCAGCAGCACUACAGCCACAUCCAGCCCGCCCUGCUGGACGCGCUGCAGAGCCUGCAGCAGGAGAUGGUGCUCAUAUUAAAGGAGAUCCUGCAGGAGUACUUCGACAUCUCCUCUCUCCUCCACCACGAAGUGCGGCAGAUCCAUAAGGAGAUGUCUUCUGCUCUGGCGGCCAUCGAUCCUCACACAGAAUACGAGAGCUUCAGCCAUCAGAACAGGUCUGUUGGGGAAAUUCCUGUGUGUGCAGAAUUCGACUGUAGCCUCCUGGAGGACGCCGAGCAGCUCAAUCCCCAAGAGAUCACACUGAACGAUCUCACACUGGAGACAGUUCAGCACAGGUUGACUGCAGUUGAGGAGGAGCUGCUGGGUCUGGCUCGGACUCUGGGAUCUCAGCAGGCGUCUGCUGAUCAGCUGGAGCAGGAGCUGGAGGAGGAGCAGGAAGGCGUCCGGAAGGGUCAGAGGGUUUACCAGUUCAGCAAGAGGCAUGCGAUGGAGGAGUGCCGGCAGCAGGUCGCCCUGUCUCGGGGCAUCAGAGCCAAGCUGGAGGUUCAGAGGGUUCUUCUCAAGGAGAAACUGGACCAGCUGGGAUCAGCAGAGCCCGUCUCUGCUCUGAACCUGGACGGAGACACCAUUUCAAGUUCAUCCACUUCAAGCAAUGAACACGGUUGGAGACCCGUAAAUGGGAUUAUAAACAACCUGAGCAGCUUCUUCAAGACCAAGCCUGAGGAGCCUCCAGUGCAUGAGCAGGUGGAAGAGGUGAAUCGUCCUCUGGGGGAGCAGGACUGGUACCACGGCGCCAUUCCCAGGCCCGAGGUCCAGCAGCUGCUGAAAAACACUGGGGACUUCCUGGUGAGGAAGAGUCAGGAGAAGCAGGGUUACGUGCUGUCAGUGCAGUGGGACGGGUCCUGCAAGCAUUUCCUCAUACAGAACGUGGAUAAUCUGUACCGUCUGGAUGGAGAGGGCUUCCACAGCAUCCCGAAGCUGAUUCACCAUCUCCUGUCCACACAGCAGCACAUCACCAGACGGUCCGACAUCGUGCUGCGGAAACCUGUGCUGAAGGACAAGUGGGUCCUUGAGCAUCAUGAUGUGAUCAUGGGAGACCUGAUUGGACGGGGUAACUUUGGAGAGGUGUUCAGGGGCCGUUUACGCUCUGAUAAUACUCCUGUAGCUGUGAAAAGCUGUAAGGAGAACCUGGCCCCAGAGCACAAGAACAAGUUCCUGAUGGAGGCCAGGAUCCUGAAGCAAUACGACCAUCCCAACAUCGUGAGGCUAAUUGGAGUGUGCACACAGAAACAGCCCAUCUACAUCAUCAUGGAGCUGGUCGAGGGUGGUGAUUUUCUCUCCGUCUUGAGGACCGAGGGUCACAGCCUGACACCCAAAAUGUUGGUCAAAAUGACUGAAAACGUGGCUUCUGGCAUGGAGUAUCUGGCGAGCAAGAAGUGUAUCCACAGAGACCUUGCAGCCAGAAACUGCCUGGUUGCAGAGCAGCACGUGGUGAAGAUCAGUGACUUUGGGAUGUCCCGCCAGCAGGACGACGGGGUGUACUGUACCGAGGGGGGCCUCAGACAGGUGCCCGUCAAGUGGACUGCUCCAGAAGCCUUGAACUAUGGUCGGUUCACCACAGAGAGUGAUGUGUGGAGUUUCGGGGUCCUGCUGUGGGAGGCCUUCUCCAUGGGGAUGACGCCCUAUGUCAGCAUGACCAACCAGCAGACCAGGGAGCAGGUGGAGCGAGGACACCGUAUGGCCGCUCCACCAGGCUGCCCUGCUGAAGUCUUCAGGAUUAUGAGCAACUGCUGGGAGUACGACCCCCGGAAAAGGCCCUCUUUCAAGAGACUUCGAGUCGAGCUCAGUGCCAUGUACAACAAAAUUACCUGAUGCAGACCUAGCGAUUGAUAGUGUUUUAUCUCCUUCUUUUGUUUCUAGUAAAUAAUUGAAAAUUCAAUGUAGCCACUGAACUCACAGUAUAACUCACAAUAAUGAUCAAGCAUAUGUAGCUUAUUUGUUAUUUAUUCUUAGAUUUCAUUGUUGUGGGAAUUGCCAGUGCACUUUCAGUCAGAAUGUUGUAGGUUCCAGUGCAGGCCUUUCUGUGUGGAGUCUUCAUGUUCUCCAUGUGCAUAAUCUGAGUUUAACGUUCUCCAGUUUCACUCCCAGUCCAACAUCAUGUUUUUGAGGCUAAAAGGUGUUUCUUCAUUGCCUAUAGGUGUGAAUGUGUGUGUGGUUGUCAGUGUGUGUGUGUCAGUGUUGCCCUGUGAUGGACUGGUGACCUCUAGAGGGCGCAAUUUAUUCUGCUUCUGAACUAUAAAGUCACGUGAAGAGAAAUGAGCGUGGCAGCACUGGUUUCUUUUGGUUUUGCUUUUUUAAUGGCUGGUUUCCUGAAAACAUUUGUAAUUCGUUUUAUAUCAAGAAAACUACAUAUUUUUUUAUUGAAAAUCUUCUGUUCUGAGUUACAGUAUCAUAGACCUAAAACGCUGCAAAAUAAUAAUAAUAAUAAUAAUCUCAAGGCACAAGCACCACUUUACUGUUCCUCCCUUUGUUCUACAUUACUAAUUUUUUUAACACGUAGCCACAACCUUUUUAUGUAAAUGUUACUUUUUUAUAUAUAUUUUAAUGUUUUUAUUUAAUAUUCAUAAAAGCAGACAAAAAAACACAAAUAAAUACACUUAAUAAAACUGAACUGAUUAACUUAAUAUUUCAGAAAUGGCCUCCAUUAAUAAAAGACAUUCCAUCAUAUUUUAUCCAAAUAAAAUCCUCAAAAAUCUCUUUCAGCAAUGAGUCAGAAAACACUUACAUGACUUAACCUGCUCUAAAACAUCUUUGCUUCAACUCUUCCAAAUCUGAUGCAACGGAAAUGAAACACAGCCGGAGUGACGUCCGUUUCAGUCACAGUGUAAGCAGCCAGCGUCCUCCGUGAAUGUACCACAGCUGUCUGAAUAACAGCAACAGCUUGAGUUCCAACAAGAGAGACGGUUCGGUUCCAGCACCGUGACCUCCUGGCUGCACCUCAUAUCUGACUCAUCCGAUUCAUUUACAUGCUAUAUCAGACUUUAUGAGAAAGAUUCUCUCCUUUAAUCUGAACAGAUACUUUUUAUAUGUGUGAAUAAUGUGAUGUUAAUAAAGAAUGAAUU